CGGAAGACAAGUCAACAAGUCGAAAAGAACUACACGAUGAAGCUGCUAAUCGUUGGAUUUGUGCUGGUGGGAGCUGCUUACUCCUUUGAACUUCUGAAUGGUCCUCUCCCUACUUAUUCUGGAUAUCCGUAUUUGUGGUUUAACAAGGAAAUUUUCGGUGCACCAUUGAUAUCGGCGAGAAUUUACAAGAAACCAAUCAAAACUGUGAAGCCUAUUAUUUCCAGUAAGCCAAUCAUUUCCAGUAAGCCAAUAAUAGUUUCGAAACCGAUUUAUGGUAAAGCAUACUCAUAUCAGAAAAUUUCCGAUGGGGCGAAGGAUUUCCCCCAUUACCCAAACUAUAAGUUCGAGUAUGGAGUUCAUGACCCCAAAACCGGAGAUGUCAAGAGCCAAUGGGAACACCGACUUGGUGAUGUGGUCAAUGGAGAGUACAGCUUGAAUGAAGCCGAUGGAACCAAGCGGGUCGUUUCGUACCGGGCCGACGACAAACAUGGAUUCCAGGCUAAGGUCAAGAAGAUCGGACAUCCCAUCGUGAAGUCCUCCGGAGGAUGGUAUGCUGGACAAGGUUAUGGUGCUGGAUUCGGCUAUGGAGGUGCUCAUAGCUACAGCAAUUUCAAGCAGUACGUUUAACAAGAUUUAACGGGUUGAAACUAUCGAGACUGACCAAAUGUGUGAUAAGUUGUGAAUAAUUGUUAAAAAAAAGUCAUUGUUGUUAAUGAUCUCGAAAUAA